AUGACGAUCAACAAGCUUUUGCGCGUUUUCAUGGCGCUCCUCGCAGUCAUCGUGCUCUUCGCCACUGCAAGUGCUAAUGCCGCCAAAACGGAGAUCCUGCUGGCUCGCGACACAGUCACGGACUGCACCUACAAUUGCUGGUGGGAGUCUCAACGUGAGAGCGGUUGCUCGGCCAGUACUGACAACCAGACCGCCUGUAUGUGUAACAGUCUUGAGAACUACGAGCGCUUUCAUGGCUGCGUAGUGUCACUGUGUUACUACCUGGGCGAGUUUGACGGCCUCACCCCUGCUAUGGAGUGCGUGGGCUACCGUCGUCUUGCAGCUCGUACUACUCGGGGGUCCGGCAUUCUAUACGCAGAUCAAACUACCUCCGCCUGGUGGCUGAAAGAGUCAACCUUAUCCGCCACAGCAAGCACUCUUAACUUUAAUCCUGACGGUCCGAAAGCCGGCAAGACUUUCUCCGCCGACCUCCCUGUUCUUGCACCCACCACGCUCAAGACUGUCUACAAGCGCGAUGCUCAGAUUGCAGCCCUUUCACCUUACCAGACCGAGCCUCCUUCGCCGCCACCUAAACCUCAUUCACAAGUCCCAUGGCAAUCUCAGCAAAUCACGCAUCACACUGUUGGACCUUGCGGCGUUGUCGCUGGCAUGGCUUGUCCUGGCAAAUUCUUCGAUACUCCAGCAACCAAGGAACCAGAAUCAAUCCUCACAAGCACACUUUACGUGACGACCGCCGUCGCGACCACGACAGCGUCAGCCCCCGUCCUCGUCCCGCGCAGCACCCUCCCUUCACACAGUGGCGGUCUCAUCAACUUCUGUGGUGUGCCCGGCUCUGCAUGCUCCGACAAGGAAAUCAACAAUGCCGAGGACGCGCCGCCAGCAAUCACCACCACGACCACGACGGUAACGACUUACCCUUAUUCUACAGCCGUAUUCAAGGUGCAUCCACCAGACAGCACGCCCUUUGUAUCUUCCCUGGUCCGGAUGUGCGAGAAGCCAGACCUGAUCGAUUGCCUCAUCCCACUUGCGCCAGGUCCUGCUAUAUCCGCGAUCCAGAGUGCUGGGCAUCCCGCGCUACCGACCACAUUCAGGAGAACAUUGUCCCAUACCAAUCCUGUUACGAUCAAUUGCCAAGAUGCUCAAUGCGGUGGAGGCACGGACGUCAAGCCUUGGAGGACGAUGAACAUGCUACUUCGUGACGAGUAA